CUCUUCAUGCUGCAUCCUCGAGCCACAGGUGGACAGUUACUCCGAGGAAGAAACACUGAGUGUGUUUUGCCGCCAUCGCUAAAAACAAAAGUCAGUUUUCAUCGAUGCUCAAAAAGAAACAAGUUAAUUUCACUGAGAUCCCGUUGGACCGAGCGCUGCGGAGGGAUCUGGGAUCGACAGGUCGGGUCUGGGACAGUUGCGGAAGGCGCACAGUUUGACAGUAAUGGAAGAUCAACAAGUUUCCUCCUGACAACAUCAGCUCUGUGCAGACAGCUAAUGCCCACAAUGGCGUCUGUCCUGGAUGAUCCAACCCUGGAGAGACACUUCAAGGGUCAUAAAGAUGCUGUCACAUGUGCAGACUUCAGUCCAAACAACAAACAACUGGCCUCAGGGUCAGUGGACAAGAGCCUGAUGAUCUGGAAUCUGACUCUUAAGUUGAGGGCCUUCCAAUUUGUUGGCCACCAAGAUGUCAUCACUGGGGUGCAGUUCUCCCCAUUCGGUAACCUGGUGGCAACGUCCUCCAAGGACAGAACAGUCAGACUGUGGACACCUUCCAUGAAAGGAGAGUCAACAGUGUUUAAAGCUCACACUGCCGCAGUACGCAGUGUUGCAUUCUCCCAUGAUGGCCAGAGACUGGUAACAGCGUCUGAUGACAAGUCGGUCAAAGUGUGGAGCGUUCAUAGACAGUGCUUCAUCUAUUCCCUCAACCAGCACACCAACUGGGUGCGCUGUGCCAGGUUCUCUCCAGAUGGGCGGCUCAUAGCUUCCUGUGGGGACGACCGCUCAGUCCGACUUUGGGACACAUCCAGCAAACAAUGCAUCAACUGUUUUUCUGACUACGGAGGGUCAACAACGUCUGUUGAGUUCAACUCCAGUGGCACCUGCAUUGCAUCAUCAGGAGCUGACAGUUCAUUAAAAAUCUGGGAUCUACGGACCAACAAGCUGAUUCAGCAUUAUCAGGUCCACAGUGCAGGAAUCAACAGUUUUUCCUUCCACCCAUCCAACAACUACCUGAUCAGCAGUUCCACAGACGGCACGGUCAAGAUUCUGGACCUGCUGGAGGGACGCCUCAUCUACACCCUGCAUGGACACAAGGGUGCUGUGACCACAGUCUCCUUUUCCAGGACUGGAAAUCAGUUUGCUUCAGGUGGAGCUGAUAGUCAGGUGCUGUUGUGGAGGACAAACUUUGACACCAAAUCCUACCAGGAGGUCCUGCAACAACACAGCCGGAGGUCCACCCCUGAUCCCCCUCCCCACCUCACCGACAUCCACCCCAGAGUACCCCACCUUCAUCAUCCGCAGUCCACAGCCAUUCAGGAGCUUCCAGUCUGAUGCCAGCAGUGCCUGGCUAUGUCUCAACGUGGACUGUCCCUCUUUGCUAAACAGCCUUGGACUUCAUAACCUCACAGCCACUCUUCCUGAACAGACGGAGGAAAUGGGAAAGAGGCCUGUGUUGUGGCUAAGUUAUGAUCAGGCGCCAGGAAAGCAGGAAGUGAAUUUUUCCCAUAAACACCAAAGAUUAUGCACUUUUGAAGAAAGUUGCAGAACUGUUUGUACACUUGAAGAAGAUAAACAGACUAAAUAAUACUGAUAAGAGUGUUACAGUGACCACACCACAGCUUGGAUGGGCAGCAGGUACUGUGAGUACCCAGUCCUACUCAAAACGUUAUCUUUAAAGUCUCACACAAACACCAAUACACACACACAAACAUACACAACAACAUGCUGCAAAUAUUAUAGUCAAUAUUUUGUGGUUGGAAUUUAACUGGAUCUAAGGGAAGAUAACAUAUUAUCACAAUUGUAUUACCUCAGUCAUCUUGCAAAUACUUUUACAAUAUAGUUUUUGAUUUGAUCAGCUCUAGGUUAUUGGAAACAAUGUGCACUUCCAUUGUUUCCAAUGCCUCAUUCUUAAGGGGAGAUUCAGACACAUUUUUGAUUGUGUAUUUGUUUGAAGCUUGUUGUGGAGACCCUGGCAAUCCCUUGCAGCAUGGAUCAGGCUUUGCCCUAUCACCCCUGACAAUCGUCUGUUUUCUCUUUGUUCUGAAAAGGAAAGAUUUUGCCCUGAUAUUUUCUGACAGUGCCUGUGUUUGCACAAAUGUUGAAAUGAAAAAGGAAAUCCUUUGUAGGCCCUCCUUUUUCCUUCAGAGUGACAAAGUUGAAUGUUUAACCCAUUGACUCAGAAGUUUAUACAUGGAAUCAAAAGGUGGAUGAAAACAAAGGCAGCUGAACCUAUGAUCUCCUCAACAUAAAAUCCCAUCAAUCUUCUGCUUUGCUGUCUCUUCUCUUGGAAGCCUCCACCCCAAAUUGUUGUCUCUGGCUGUGGUACAGUUACCCUCACCCCUCCUGUCCAGGCGGCUUACUGUAGUAUGCCGAUCAGGCAAAGGAAGUGACCAGUCGGCUGAAGGUCAGUCAGGAUUAAGAUUCCAUCACCGCACAGAAAUAGCACUGUUAAAAUUUACUUUUUACCUUUUCAUGGCCUCAGAUAAUUGUCGCUAUACUUGUCUUGCUGGAUCUUAGUGAAGCAUUUAAUGCCUUAGAUAAUACGAUUUUGUUACAGAUAUCUGGACAACAUGCAGGGAUUAAAGGAAUAGCAUUAGGCUGGUUAAAUAAUAUUUAUCCGAUCUAUUUGAAUUUUGUUAUGUAAAGAAUAACUCCUCCAUCCACACACAAGUUCCACAAGGUACUAUCCAUGGACCAAUACUCCACUGAGGAACAUCAAGGCCUGGAUGAACCAAAACUUCUUACUUCUAAAUUCAGACCAAACUGAGGUCAUUGUAAUUGGCCCUUAACAUCUCAGAGAAACAGUGUCUCACCAGGUAAUCACCUUGGAUGAUUUUAGUUUGGCCCCUAGCUCCAAUUAGAGGAAGCUUGGAACCUAAUGUUUGACCAUGUUUGUCAUUUGACCCCCAUAUAAAAAUCAGAGUCAGAGCUGAUACCUGAUUGUGCACAACUGUUCCUGGUGUCUCACCCCCCCCCCCCCUUUCUCUCCCCUCUUUUCUCCACACUUCCCCUCUCCUCCACAUUUUUCUCUGCUCACCCCAACCGGUCGAGCAAGAUGGACACCCACAUUGACCUUCUAUGUAAAGUGCCUUGACAUAAUGCCUGGGUUCCCAAACUGGGGUACAUGUACCCCCAGGGGUAAGCGAAGUGGUUCAGGGGGGUACGCGGGGAGAACAUUUUAUUUGCGUUUUCAAAGUGAAAAUGCCCAUUACUAGGGGUGCACCGAUUUAUCGGUUGUACAUCGGUAGCGGCCGAUAUUCGCCUCGUUUACUGAUAUCGGCUUAUCGGUAAUAAACUUGACUUUCACCGAUAUCUUUGGCCGAUGUUCAUAUUUGUGGUAAAACCGCUGGGCACGUGCCGCGGCUGGGGGAGCAGUCGCUCCGUCGCCCUCCUCUCCGCGCCGCCGGAGGCUCAGUGCGCGGCACCGGGAGGUCCUCAUCCGGUGGCGCCUCACAGCGUUGCUGGUGCAGGGGCUUUCUUUCUCUUGGACCGCGGAUCACCUCAGCCACGGCGACCGCUGGGGGAACCCUGAGAACUGGUGCGGACCAGGGGAAUCCGACUGUUUAAUUAAAACAAGCAUCGCGAAGGGCCACGGUGGGUGUUGACGCGAUGUGAUUUCUGCCCGACACUAAAAACAGGUCAAACUGAGGAGGGCUUGUUAAGUUAUCUUGACUCACGCAGUGCAACUCUAUUCAUCCGUCUCAUGCACAGGUAACAAGGGAUUUGACAACAUACGUCAUACACACAGAAGCCGUAACACAUCUAAUAAACGGGCAAUACUGCUACCGUAAAUCAAUGAGAAGAGUGUCUCUAUAAUGAUACUUUAACAGGGCUGUUUUAGACAGGGUAAAAAGGUGCUGUUUUAAAUUAUCCUUGUGGUAUUUUGACCAAAAUAUGUUACAGUCAUUUCAUUAAGAUCCCAAGGAACCAUUUCAACUUGCGGUAAAAUGGGCAUAAUAUGUCUCUGUUAAAUAAAGUUUAAUUAAAUCAAAGAUUGUUUCAUAAAUCUGAUUAAAUUUGUGCUCAUUAAAAGAUAAGAGUGAUGAAGGGCUGAACAUUUUUUAAAUAGUGCUUUUUAAAUAAUGAUUUAAUUAUUUUUCUGACACAAAAGGGUGAAUGAAUAACAACAAAAAGAAAAUAAACAAAUAUCGGUAUCGGUAUCGGCUAUCGGCCAGAUAGUUAUUUUAAAUAUCGGUAUCGGCCAAGAAUUUCCAUAUCGGUGCAUCCCUACCCAUUACAUUUUCAAACUGAGCUAUAAAUAAUCAUGCAAUAUUAAAUAGUCUGAAUGUCCAAGUCGCAUUGCCAAAAAUACUCAUGUAUACCCAUAUUUAGCUACAUAAUUACGCUUCCAUGUCAUCACACAGCACAGUGAGGAUGUUAGCAACUCGAGGAAGCAACCUGGAGCUAUAUUCAAGCCCGCCGAGAGAGCCGCUAGCCGCUGAGAGCAAGCUGGAUUUGAAGGUUCUCGACCUCUCAGUCCGGUUGUUGUCACGUCCUCACUCCCGGAAUCCCUCAUCCAGACCCGGCUCUGUCCUUUGAAUUGAAAGAUGAGCUUAAAAUUGUCUUUAUUGACCACAAGUUUCACCUGUCUGACCUUUUGCAUAAUGACGAGUUUCUUACACGACUAGCUUAUCUGGGUGAUAUUUUUUCUCGUCUGAAUGAACUUAAUCUCGGACUACAGGGGCUUUGCACAACCGUAUUCAAUGUACGAGAUAAAAUUGAGGCUAUGAUAAAGAAAGCGAAGCUCUGGGAAGACAGCAUGAACAAAAACAAAACAGAGGUCUUUCCGUCGUUGCAUGAUUUUUUGUGUGCAAAUCACCUCGGUCUGAAAGACAGUGUCAAAUGUGACAUUAUAAUGCACCUCGGUGAGCUGGCUGCACAACUGCCCAGGUACUUCCCAGAAAAUGACGAGUCAGACAGUUGGAUUCGUUAUCCCUUUUCUGCUGUCCCUGCUUCCUUACCGGCAUAUGAACAGGAGAACCUCAUUGAAGUCGCAACAAGUGGAUCCAUUAAAAUUGAAUUCAAUCAGAAGCCUCUGCCAGAUUUCUGGAUAGGACUGUGCACAGAGUACCCUGCAGUGGCAAAACGUGCUGUCAAGACUUUGAUGCCAUUUGCCACCACAUAUUUAUGUGAGAGUGGGUUCUCAGCUCUGACGAGCAUGAAAACUAAAUACAGGCAUAGGCUGUGUGUAGAAGACAAUUUAAGAUUUAGACUUUCUCCAAUUCAGCCACACAUUGCAGAAUUAUGUGCAUCCUCUCAAGCACACCCGUCUCAUUAACCUGUGCCUUGGAGAUUAUUUCUGGCUGAACUCUGCUCCGGCCACGCCCCCCUUUUCAAAUUCAACGCACACACUUCUUCACACUGUAUUGUUUAUUUAUGUCCUUAUUUAAACUUUGUUAGUUUGUGUUCUUCCGGCAUUUGACGCUGAGUAUCUUGGUUUUCAUAUAGUUUUGUUUGAGUUAAAUAGUAAUUCAAGUUCAACCCCUGAGUGAGUUAGUUCGACCUCCUUGUUUGUUUGUAAUUUCCCUUUACCUUGUUGUUUUGCUAAUAAAACUCUAUUUGAACUAGACUUCCAUCCAAGUCCUGAAAUCCCAAUUUCACACAGUUUCAAGUGAUAAUGGCCGUAUAUGUGCGCCAGGGGUAGGGGGGCGUACGUAGCUGGAGAUUGAAUGUCUGAAGGGGUACGGGGCUGUAAAAAGUUUGGGAACCACUGAGAUAAUGUAUUGAUUUGGCACGAAACAAAUACAAUUGCAUUGAAUUAAUGUUUGAUUUUCAGGGAGGCACCGUCAGCACUCAGCCUUCCCAAGACUGAAGCGCUUUGUGCUUCAGUCUUAAAAUAUAUUUGGAGAAAAAUUGAGACACACUUAAGUAAAUCCACUGUUAAGUAAAGGGAAUGAUACAUGUUACAAGGAAAGCCCACACAAAAUGGCAGUACUUUACCUGUAUUUUGUGUAUGUUUGAGGAAGAUUUGGACACCAAGUAUUUUUGUUACACAACCAUACCAAUACUUGUACUCUCUGCAAGUAUAAUUGUUGUUUUAAACCCCUUCAAUAGGCCGCAAAGUCAGACAAUCCUGUAAUUUUUAACCUAUUGUGUUGAAUUCUCUCUUGGCUGACACAAUGUAAUCUUGUCCAAAACUAAAUCUUAGUGUUUGUCAUUUGUAGCAAUUUUUAAAUGCAAAUGUUGAAUCAAUAUCGUUUUCAGUUGUUUUAAUUACGUAAAUGUUAUUUAAAACAAAGUUUAUCCAUCUAUCAUUAUCUUUACUACAAAUACUUUAAGGAUUGUGGGGGGGAGCUGGAGCCGCUCACAGCAUGCUGCAAGAGGCAGAGUAUUACAGAGCCAAACAACCAUUUAUGCUGACGUUCACGUCUACAGUCUCCUAUUAACCUAACUCCAAUUUGUGUUUGGACUGUGGGAGGAUCAUCUUGAGAAAACCCUCGAAAACACGCAAACUCCACACAAAAGACCCUGACCCCGAAUCAGGAUUCAAACCGAGAACCUUCUAGCUGUAGGUGGCCAGUGCCAACCUCUGUGUUAGACCAAGACAAAUAUUAAUAAUGUACAAUGUCCUCAAACCUCAACAAUUUAUAUAAUAUUUAUGUUCAGCUCAGUUGACAUGUGCUUCAACAAUAUUGACAAUUGUGUGUAUGUUAGCAUUUUAAACUGAAAUUUCGCUAAAAUGAAUGUUGCUUGUUCUACCUCCAUUAACAUGAUGACAGUAAAAGUUUAAGUUAAUUAAUAAAUUCCAA